AUCUGUCCACCUCUCUCUUUCUCUCAAACCUCCAAAACGACAACGCCUCAGUCACCCCCCUCUCAACCCCUCAAAUCUCAAACUCUCACCCACCAUGAGCAGCCGGGAGGUGAAAUUUUGCUGGACCUCCGCCCUCAUCGGCGCCGCUUCGGCCCUAGCCACCACCUCUCUUCUCUCCGCAAAGCCCAAGGACCCCACCUUCGACCUCAUCUCCAUCGAUCUCACCUCCUUCAAGCUCAACCUCCCUCUCCUCGACGCCGGCCUCGUCCUCACCGUCCACAUCACCAACCCCAACAUCACCCCCAUCCACUACUCCUCCACCACCAUGUCCAUCUUCUACAAAGGCUCCCUCCUCGGCUCCGCCGACAUCAAGGCCGGCUCCCAGUCCGCCAAGUCCUGCAAGCUCCUCCGCCUCCCGGCCCGCCUCGACGGGCUCCAGCUCGCCCACCACGCCGCCAGCUUCGUCUCCGACGUCGCCAAGCGCCAGAUGGUGCUCGACGCCGCCGUCGAUAUUGCCGGCGCCGCCAAGGUUCUGUGGUGGGAGCAUAAGUUUGUGGUGCACGUGGACAGUCACAUCACCGUUGAUCCUCUGUUUCUUGACGUCAUUGAGCAGGAAAACAAGUCCGAUUUGGAGAUUUUUGUUUCUUAAAAGUGUUUGGAUUUCAAUUGUUGUUCGUUCUAGAUUGGUAGUUGUAAGCUCUAGGUGUUGUGUUAACAAGCACUUGAAAAUUUCAACUUCAUCAUUAAGCUUAUCUCUUCUGUUCUUCA